AAUAUUCGUGUCGUGAUUCAUAGAGCUCAGUUAAGCCGGGUGAGCAUGUAAGGGUCACAACUUGAGGCUCAUGAAGGUGAGAACGAGGGCCCGGAGCCAUGGGUUAGCUAGCGCUGCUGCCGCUAGGACAAAGCUGGGCUGUUUGGUCCGAUCCGGAAAGUGCAUGACUAAAAUUCUGCAGCAGCUUAUCUCGAGCGGACGAGGGUGUUCCGACUGGUCGGGAAAGGGCGUCCGGAUGGCGACAAGAGCACGAGGUCGAUCGACGAGGGCAAGGACGAGGAGGCGUGAUGGGAAGGGAGCAUGACAAGAACGAUCCACUCUUCGGGGGUUUUAGCAUUCCUCUGUCCUUUGUGUCCACUACAAAGCCCAAGGGGUCAGCAUUCCAGUUUGGGAGCGAGGUUUGAUGAGUCAAAGUCAC